UGGGAGUAGCAGGACGAUAUCAUUUAUGUAUUUCUACAGUAACACCAGUUACACCAUCCUAUUCAAAAGCUGACGAACUAACCUGACUUAAAAGCAGCUGAACAUUUUGUGAUUAACUCUGUCGCUUUAAAGUAUAUAUUUUUGAGAAUCCGUUCCCAUACAUUUUUAUUGUUUUCGUUAUAGAAUAUAAGAAAGAAGAGUGAAUACUAAGUUGUAACGAUAAAAGACGGAAGAAUUUGUGAUUUAUAAUACACGACAAUGUUUAAACGUAAAUUUGACGAGAUGGAGAGUGGAGGUGGUAUCAGUAAACCACCAGUAAAAAAUUCUUUAGAUUCAGACGAAGAGGAUGAUGAUGCUAACGAAGAUAAUUAUAAUAUAAUGAGUGAUGGUGAAAUCGAAGGUGCCGAGGAUGGGCCGAGUGCUCCAGAAACAAAUAUUGGUUUUACUGCUUUUAAUAUGAAAGAAGAAUUAGAAGAGGGACACUUUGAUAAACAAGGUCAUUACCUUUGGAACAAAGAAAAAGAAAUUAGAGACAACUGGUUGGACAACAUCGAUUGGAUGCAGAUCAAACCGAGUUCUACAGCAAGUGUAAAGAAGAAAGGCAAAGACAGUGAAAAACAUGGACUGGCAGAUAGUGAUAGUGAGGAUGAAGAUCCAGAUAUUAUGUUCGAUCCAACACAGCUUUAUAAACAGAUAUUGGAAUAUUUACAACCUGGGGAGACUGUUUCUAAAGCUCUAUGCAGGCUUGGGAAGGGAAAGAAAAGAUUGACUACCGCGGAAAGGUGGAAAAGGAAACAGGCGAAGAUACCUGUAGAAGAUGAAAACUCUAUUAGUAUAACAAAAUUAACUGAGCUUGCGAAUGAAUUAUUAACUCGUACUGGGAAUAUGGAUAUAUAUCAGGAGAGUUACGAACAUAUUAAAAAGAAGGUCGAAGAAGGUGAGAAGCAUGCUCAUCCUUCUAAACAAGAAGCGGAAUUAGAUAUGUAUUCCGAUGAUUUUGAUGUGAAAGAAAAGGCAAAACUGGAUGGAAGCGAAAGUAAUUCCAAAGAAGAGAGCAAUUGUGCGAAGGACGAUGAUAAAGAAGAGGAAAUAAUGUGGGAAUUAAAAUGGUCGCAGAACGAGAACGCGGAAAUCCACGGUCCACACACGACCGAGCAGAUGCACGUAUGGGCGAAAGAAGGAUACUUCAAAAGUGGAGCGUGGGUGCGGAGAGCAGGUCAAAAUAAUCAAUUUUACAAUGCUGCGCGAAUGGAUUUCGAACUGUAUCUGUGAUGUUUCACCUUGAUAUAGUCAUUCAACGAGAGAACUAAUAUUUUAAUUUUUCAAUGAUGAAUUAUUAAACUGGAACUUUGAUUUCAAUGCAACUGGAAAUAUUGUAUAAUUCGAGAAAAUAUAAACUAUUAACAUAAACACUGUGAACAUGUGUAUAUAUAGUUACGUUACAAACUUCAGUGAUAAAUAUUCUGCCACUUUUGAAGCUACAAUAAUAAAUAUGAAAAUUUGUCUGUAUUUAAGUAAAGGCAUUGUCAGUAUAUUACUGGGUAACAAUUCAUUCCACGUGUUUCUAAUAUGUAUAAAAUAACAAUUGUUCAUACUUGAUACAUAUCUCACGAAUAAACGUAUUCGCGAAAUACAUAAAUUUUUCUCAUGUAAA